AUGGGGCCAAGCUUCCAUGGCGACGAUCCCCCCCUCGGGCCAUCAUCUUUUCCCUACCCCCGAACCCCUCCCCUCCGGGCCCUGCAGCCUCCUUCUCUACCGUGCCCUUUCGCCUCCCUUCCUUGCUCCUUGCUCGACGGCCUUGUCCUCGUCCCAUGUUGGAUAAAGUGCCAGGAUCAGCCGACCAACGUCUUGCUCCGUCACAGCCUCCCUGCUUCCGUGGCGACGACGGCUCCGACGACGACGACGACGACGACGACGACGACCAUCACCAUCGCCGCCGCCGCCACCAUCCACGACACUUGCGCACGUAGCCGCGCGGUCGGCUCAUCGUUGCCACUCGCCGCGAGAACGGGACCAUUGCCAGCCAGCCGCGCCGACCCGACUGACCGAACGAUGCAGCCCGACGGCGACGCGCCGCCCGUCCAGCGGGAGGGCCGCGAGCAGACGGCGGCCCGCGGGGAUGGGACGACGCCGGCUGGACCGAAAAAGGAGCUCUAUCCCAUGAUCAACUGGAAGUACGACCUGUUCCUCUACGCCGUCGGGAACCUCGUCGACCUCUUCUUCCGCGAGGUCGUCCCGCGCGGAACCUGGAGGGUGCCGCAGUCCGGGCCGGUCCUCUUCGUCGCGGCGCCGCACGCGAACCAGUUCGUAGAUGCUCUCAUCCUCCAGCGAACGCUCCGCCACGAGGCCGGCCGUCGGGUCUCGCUUCUCAUCGCCCAAAAGUCCGUCCACGGCUUCAUCGGCUGGGGCUCGAGGCAGGUCGGCUCCGUGCCCGUCGGUCGUGCCCAGGACGCCGCGAGGCCGGCGACGGGAAAGAUUUACCUCCCCGACCCCGUCCACGACCCGACCCUCGUCCGCGGCGUCGGCACCCGCUUCGGCGAGGGCGAGGGCGAGCUGCAGGGCAUGCUCUUCCUGCCGGCCGGCAAGAACACGACGGGCGCGAGCGUCGACAUCGCCGAGAUCGUCGGCCCCGACGAGAUUCGCCUCAAGCGACCGUUCAAGGGCCGGCUCGCCAUGCAGCAACUCACGGGCCGCGACGACAUCGAUGACGAGGGCCGCUUCACGAACCCGAAGCUGCGCGGGCCGGCCCCCGGCUACGAGGGCACCCGGUACAGGCUCGCGCCCCACAUCGACCAGACCAAGGUCUACGAGGCCGUCUUCGCCCGCCUGCGCAACGGCGGCUGCGUCGGCAUCUUCCCCGAGGGCGGCAGCCACGACCGGACCGAGCUGCUGCCGCUCAAGGCCGGCGUCGCCAUCAUGGCCCUCGGCACGCUCGCCGAGUCGCCCGACUGCGGCCUCAAGAUCGUGCCCGUCGGCAUGAACUACUUCCACCCGCACAAGUUCCGCUCCCGCGCCGUCAUCGAGUUCGGCACGCCGUUCGAGGUGCCCAAGCACCUCGUCGACCUCUACCGCGGCAACCGCCGGCGCGAGGCCAUCGGCCAGCUCCUCGACACCGUCUACCAGUCCCUGAGCUCCGUCACCGUCUCGACGCCCGACUACGACACCCUCAUGAUGAUCCAGGCCGCCCGCCGGCUCUACAACCCGACGGGCAAGAAGCUGCCGCUGCCCAUCGUCGUCGAGCUCAACCGCCGCCUCGCCAUGGGCUACGAGCGCUUCAAGGACGACACGCGCAUCACCUCCCUCUCGCGCUCCGUCAAGGCCUACAACUCGCAGCUGCGCUACCUCAACCUCAAGGACCACCAGGUCCAGUACGCCCGCAUGUCCAUCCUCAAGGUCUUCUUCCUCCUCAUCUACCGCUCGGCCAAGCUCCUCCUCCUCUUCUUCUGCUCGCUGCCGGGCCUCGUCAUGUUCGCCCCCGUCUUCGUCGCCACCAAGAUCAUCAGCCGCCGGAAGGCGCGGACGGCGCUGGCCGGGUCGACGGUCAAGAUCCGCGGCCGCGACGUCAUGGCCACGUGGAAGAUCCUCGUCGCCCUCGGCCUCGCCCCGACUCUCUACCACUUCUACUCGGUCGUCGUCGUCCUCAUGGUCUGGCACGACCGCUGCUGGGGGUACGUGCCGCCCUGGGUGCCGCUCUGGCUCGUCUACGUCGGCGUCUGGCCCGCCAUGAUCGGCAUCGCCUUUGCCGCCCUGCGCUUCGGCGAGGUCGGCAUGGACAUUUUCAAGUCGCUGCGGCCCGUCGUCCUCUGCCUGCUGCCGACGUCGGGCUUCAGCAUCCACAAGCUCCGCAUCCGCCGCGCCGAGCUGAGCGCCCAGGUGACAGACAUGAUCAACGAGCUCGGGCCCGAGAUGUUCCCCGACUUUGACAAGACGCGCCUGCUGCCGGACGUGACGCGCGUCGAGGGCGCCGGCGCGCAGCAUCAGCCGCAUCAGCAGCAGCAGCAGCAGGCGGCGGCGGCGGCGGCGGCGGCGCGCAAGAGGCGCGACAGCGACCAGUCGAGCUCCGGCUUCGGCUACGACGUCGAGUCGCCGCCGUCGCUGACGCGUCGCAGCACGACGCAGUCGAGCCGGGCGCUGCCGCGGAACGACUCCUUCAGCAACAUCGGCGCCGUCGGCAUCUUCUCGACGAGGCCGCCGUCUCGGUCCCGGAGCCGGUCGCGGUCGAGCAGCGCCGGCGGCGGCCUCGGCUCGAGCGCGUUCCCCAUCAGCGCCUUCACCACCCUCGACUCGGCCGAGGGCUUCAGCGAGGCGAGCCGAAAGAUUCGGGAGGCCAUGAAGGACCGGCGGCGCAGGUCGGAGCGGAUGAAGAUGCGCGCCGGCGGCGACGAGGACGGGGAGAACAGCGACGACGAGUUGGACGAGUACGACGAGGCGCGGAAGAAGAGGAUGUGA